AUGACAGGAUGCUUGCGUCCGGUUGCAACUUUCAGGUUGCUCGUGCCGGCGUUCAGGCAGAGACACCGUUUGCUACAAUUCGUUAGCAUCGUCUCAGAUCGCUCCAGAAAGCCGUGGUCAGGCCCCGACAUUCGCUCUGGGCCUGGUUUUGUGGCUGACGCUGCGGGUUCACGAGUCAGCAGCAUGUCCUCCUCAUCCAUGUCCCAGCGAAUGGUGUGGGUGGACCUGGAGAUGACAGGUCUGGACAUUGAGAAGGACCAGAUAAUUGAAAUGGCAUGCAUUAUCACAGACUCUGAUCUGAACAUUUUGGCUGAGGGGCCCAACUUGAUUAUCAAGCAGCCCGACGAGCUUCUGGACGGGAUGUCAGAUUGGUGUAAAGAGCACCAUGGAAAGUCAGGACUGACCCAGGCUGUGCGGGACAGUAAAAUCACCCUGGAACAGGCUGAGUAUGAGUUCCUGUCGUUUGUCAGACAGUUCACUCCACCUGGACAAUGUCCCCUUGCAGGAAACUCUGUACAUGCAGACAAGAGGUUCCUGGACAAGUACAUGCCACAGUUCAUGUACCACCUCCACUACAGAAUCAUCGAUGUCAGCACGCUCAAGGAGCUCAGCAGGUGA